AUUUUCUUCAGUUUUCAAAGAGGAGUGCGUGUUGUAUGUUGUUUCGUUUUUGCCGUAAUUUAAGGGUAGAAAUUUUCGUAUUUUUAAGGGCGUAAAUCAAAAAAACGCGAUAGCUGGGUGAAUUUAGUGCAUUUUUAAAGGAAGGGACUUAAAAUAAACAAUAUGACUGAAUCAUCGCUCGUAGAGCAAGAGAGGGUGGUGAUGACUCCCAAAGGGAAAACAUCGAAUUCAACCACCAUUUUAAUAGAAAGAAAAUUAGUGGAAACAACGAACGAGAAAAUGCACGUGGCCGGAGGUGAACAUACAGGCAUUAUUAUAAAUAAGGAAACAGCGACAGAAAAUGGAGAAUACGUCCCAGCACAGCUCUCUCUAGUGUUCAAAGUGUUCCUGAUCAACGCACAAACGAAGAAGCACACCCAGGAAGCGCGCACCUUAAAGUUCUGGUUCAGAACACCUAAAAACUGCCAGGACAAUCUAGGCGAGGAAAACCAGGCGGCAGUGGCUCAAGAUUUUUUCAGGGAACUCGUUAGUCCAAAGGAAUUCCCAAGAGAUUAUGUGGGUUUUAUCAAGAAAAUCAUGAAACUGAUGCAGCACAAUUAUUUGGAGAUUGCUAAACUGGAGGUAGAAUUGAAAAUGUUGGACGAACCCGCAGAAGUACCCACCAGGCCUCCUAUGCCUGGUUACUGUCGCAUUGACUUAAGUACUAUUCACCCUUCUAUUCUAUCCACGUCAGUAUCAGCAGAAGAAAGUGUUUUAGGAAAUAUACAAAUUUUAACAAGAGAGAAGGUUUUAGAAAUAAUAGAAUCAGCUUAUCCCAACCCUGUAACUAUACCGGAUAUCGCCAAAGAACAUGGAUGGGAUGAAGAAGAAGUGGCCCAUCAUUUUUCGGAGCUCCAAUCCAAACAGCUGGUCAAGGCUAUGGAGCACGGGGCCUUUACCAGACAACAGAGCCAAGACGCUCAUACCAUCACUAUUGUUAAGCAAAUGCCCACGAUGGCCAGCUCUAAACAGCCCACCAUAGCCAUCAUCACUGCCCAGUAUUGCGAGAAACUGGCCGUGGAUGCCAUGAUUGAGAACAAGGAGACCUUUGUGAGGUAUACUACAGUAGGUUCAUCGAGCCCGACCUCAGAGUACAGUAGAACAAGAUUUGGAGAAUCCAAUGUGUACACUUUGGGAAAUAUAGGGGCUCACAGGGUAGUCUCUACCAAACUGCCUACCGUAGGACAUACCAGGGAGGCCAUGACAGCUGCUGGCAACACGACAACUAGAUUAUUAGGCACUUUCCAAAAAGUAGACUACGUUUUUCUGGUUGGAGUGGGGGGUGGAGUACCCCAUUUUACCGAUUACAACAAGCACGUCAGACUAGGAGACGUAGUUAUUUCCAGUCCUACCAGAAACAAGAGCAUCUACUUAUACUGCGAAAAUGCCGAAGUCACCGACAAAGGAUACCAGUUCGAGAUUAAAAAUUACAGCCCCAACAAUUAUUGUCUUCAAGACAUCUCGUCGCAGUUGAAGGUAUCGGCUGAUCAAGAUGAAUCUGGCACUCCUCCGUGGUUGAAGUACCUCAAAGAAGGCCUGAAUAUUCUCUCUUCGCAGCGAGAACCCGACUUUAACGCUCCCAGCGCCGAAACGGACAAACUGUACAUGAGUAUAGGCGAAAGGGACCUUAUAGAAGUAGCUCAUCCGGUGCCACAGGACGGCAACAUCAAAAGACUGGAAGGUUGUCCAAGGAUACACCUAGGCGCCGUAGCCGCCGGUCGCCAAAUAGUGAAAGACGACAGGCUGAGGCAACAAUUCGCCGCGCAAAUCGGAGCCCUAGCCUUCGAUUGCGAGUUCGACGCGGUCCUCGAAUCCAUCCUGGGCAAUUGCAAGGACAGUUUCGUCUGCAUCAGGGGCAUUUCCGACUACAAGGACGGCACCAGGCGCAAGGAAUGGCAACCGUACGCCUCCCUGGCGGCCGCCAGCGUCAUGAAAAGCAUCGUUUGCGGCAUGGAAGCGCCUACAAACGUUUAAACCCGAAUUUGGAACUUCUGGAAAAUUAGACCUUAGACCAUGCAACAACUGGAGACGGUUUUAGGUUUUUAAACGUUUUUUUUUUGCUUCUAAGCAUGUAUUUUUGGAAUUCAAAGAGAUACACCCAACUCUGUGAAGAGUCAGCCUAAGAAAAUAUGUCAUACUUUAAUCAAAAGCAGCGUAGGUUUAGUAAGUCACACUCACCGAUACUUAAUAGCCUAACUGCCAAUAGCGAGGCCUAGAAAUAAAUAAAACUAUUUUUAAAGCUACUCUAAAACUCUUGAGCAGGCCUGAUUAGUGCGCUCCGGUUACAAUGUAGGCAACUAACAUUACAUUAUGAAACAAAUAAUUUGCAGCAUCUUGUGUACGAAAAAAAUGGCCUAUAAAUGAAGUCUACAUAAGGGCUAUCUUCGAGUGUCAAUUAAACAAAUUUUAUUAGAGCUAAAUGUAUUCUUGGUUGCAUCUAUAGUGAACUCUCACUAAUCAAUCCUAUCAAUCACUCUAAAAAACUUUUAACGUGUUAGAAAAAUUUAAAUUCGUCUAGAUUUCGGUUUCUUACAAUAGGUUUGUUCUCACAGCUGUAAGAAACAUAUUUCCAACAGAUAAUCAUGCGCAAUAGGGUAAGACGCGUUCGCACAGAAAUUUUUGAUUGGUUUCCAACCAACAGUAAGCUGUUCACACAGAAAAUUCUGAUUGUUGGCUGACAGUCAGACCAGUUCGCGGAUCUUUUGCAAGUAAAGUGUCCGGCGCAUGCGUAUUGCAACUCGACGUCAUUGCUUCAUUGCUUGGUAAACUUAACCUACAAAACGUGUGUUGUUUUUGUUUAGUGUUUUUUUUCUUCAAAAAAUAAAGAACAGAAAUGAGCGAUUUUGAAUCUUCCGAAGAAUCUGAGGCGUCCGAAUUUUCGGAUACAGACACAGACCUAGAAGAGCUGAUAGGUCUGUUCCAAGAAGUAUCCCUGACUAGUCAGCACGUUUCUCAUUGGUUAAAAUGCGUAGAAACCUGAGGCCCGAUUCUGUAAACAUUUCUCUUGUCUAGUAACUCAUCAUUCGUAUACAAAUAGCAUAGGCUAGACAAGAAAUUUCUUGCUACGGAGCUUACAGAAUCCCACUGCUGAUUGUUAGUCAGGUUUCUACGCAUUUCAACCAAUAAGAACCGCGCUGACUAGUCAGGGAUUCUUCUUGGAACAGACCUGAUGGAGGAACGGGUCAGGCCCAAGAAUCAAAAUUACUUGGAUGAAACGGUGCCCCAGUUCAACAGAACUGAAUUCCUGGAACAUUUUAGAGUUAGCCGUGAAGUAGCAAACGAUAUUUCUCAAAGAUUUGCAAAUAGUGAAUACUAUAAGGAACAGUCAGGACCAUAUGGAAAAUUAACCUCAUUACAGUACACUUAUAUAUUUUUAUGGUAUGCAGGGCAUCAAACCGCUAGCUUCCGUGAUGUAGCUGACAGAUUUAAUGUGACUAUCAGUGUUCUACAUAAAAUUAUCAAAAGAAUGAUAUAUUUCUUAAGUAACCUUUCACCUGAGGUUAUAAAAUGGCCAAAUGAUGUGGAGAAGCAGGAAAUAGAACAGUAUUUUCGCCAUAAAAAUACGUUUCCCGGAAUUAUUGGGCUAAUUGACGGAACCCACAUUAAAAUAGAUAAACCCCAGGAUGAUCCUGACUCCUAUAUUAAUCGAAAGGGCUUUUACUCUGUUCAGGUGCAACUGGUAUGUGACCAUAAUCUUCGCAUUACUGACAUAUUCACAGGGUAUCCAGGAUCCGUACAUGAUGCCCGAGUGUUCAGAACAUCUCCAUUAAGUGAGACAUUGGAAGAAAAAUGUGGAGAAUUUCACUUGCUAGGAGACAGUGCUUAUCCAUUAUUAAAAAAUGUGUUAACACCCUUUCCAGAUAGAGGCCUGUUAAAUAGACAACAAAUUAAUUACAAUAUACAACAUUCCAGCAACAGAGUAAAGAUUGAGCACUGUAAUGGGGUAUUAAAGCAAAAAUGGCGUCAGCUGUAUCAUUUGAAAUUAAGGGAUAUUAGGCUCAUCGUUAACUUCAUUAGAGCAUGUUGUGUUCUUCACAAUUUAGGGUUGCAAGAUGGUGUUGCACUAGAUUUAGAAGAAAAUGUAGAACCAGUUGAACCUGCUCCACGUCUAGACCCCGAUAAUAUAGAACAGGGCAUUCAGGAAGAUUUAAAUGCUGUAGCAAAACGAAAUCACAUUGUAAACAUCCUUGGACAAUAAAUGCAUAAUAAUUUUUUGGGACUUGCCCAAUACCAAGGGACAUUGUUUAAAGUCUGCCAAAUUAUCUGUCACUUCUUGUGUAAGCCAUACAAAUUGUACGCUACAUAUUAGAUUUUUUUAGUGUUUACUUAAAUAAAACUAAAAUUUCGCAUUUUUUUUUGUUUUAGAAGUUAUAUAAAAUGACAGGCUUUUCAAGAGCCGUUUAUAACUAUUGAAAUGUGCAAAUGUGGUUUUUGAAAUAAUUUUUAACAAAAUAAUUGUGCUAUCAAGAUGCUAUCUUCAGUUACAAAAUCACAAGAAUCACAUUUAUAAAUGAAUUUCUUGCUUCCUUAAACAUUAAAUCUGCUUUUAUUGCACAUGAAAGUUGUGUGUAAGCAUUCCUUCAUCCAAAAACAUUCAUUGCUUUCAGGGGAAGUGAAAUUCAUAUAAAAAUGUCCCCUUACUGUGAUGUUCUAACAAAUUUAGCAUAGAAAAUAUAGCUUCUUUUACAUAUAUUUUAAACACCACACAUUUGCUCUGAUUCUGGUAUUUUUUAAGCUAAAAAUAGCCUUGCUUUUUCUGUGACACUGUAUAGUUUUGAAAUGUGCAUUAACAAUUUUUAUAAAAAAUCAAUAAUAUGUGAAUACAUUUUUUAUAUUUUAUUUUAACAACAAAAUAUACAUUAUACCCU